CGCGUUUAAAUGACUACGCAGACAUUUUGUUGUUCCUUAUCCAUGUGUUUUAAAGAUUCAUGCUGUUUACUGUCAGGGUCACUGACAACAUUGUUAUGAAUCACAAAGCCGGAAGUGGUUGCUUGUAUCUUGUCACAAAAAGUCCCCUUUGUGAAUCACCUCAACAAACAACGCGGCCUGGCUGGAUGUCAUCAUGUGAGAAGGUUGAGCUCUCUCUUUAGAUACAGUCGACACUCUCCAGCUUCAGUUACUUCCACUCAAACACCGAGAAUGGACGACUGUUGUCAGCAGACUCCUCUGUUUACAUUCGGUGUGAUAGCUGACAUUCAGUACGCCGAUAUAGAUGACGGCUUUAAUUACUCCAAGACGAGGAAGCGUUACUACCGGAGCAGCCUGGAACUGCUGAGAAAUGCCCGGGAAAGUUGGUCCGAGUCGGCUGUCAAACCACAGUUCAUCCUCCAGCUGGGAGACAUUAUCGACGGCUUUAAUAAGGAGCACAACGCGUCCCAGCAGGCCCUGGACAGCGUGCUGAGAGAGUUAAGCUCCAGCCCAGUGGAGGUCCAUCAUGUGUGGGGUAACCACGAGUUUUAUAACUUCAGUAGGAGCGUGUUGUUGCGUUCAAAGCUUAACAGCACACUCCACGUCGACAGGAGCUUUACUGGAGCCCAGGCCGGGGGGGAAAUCUACGCCUACCACUUCAGCCCGUUCCCCGGGUUUAGAUUUGUUGUGCUGGAUGCCUAUGAUGUGAGUCUGCUGGGGAGAGAAGAGUCCAGUGAACAGUAUGCCACUGCUUUGAAAUUGAUAAAGCUGUACAACAGCAACGAGGACCUCAACUGUCCCCCAGGAAAGGCAGUCGCAGAGGGAGGAUUGAGGGAGAGAAUUCCAGAGCUUGGGGCCCAUGGCGUUGAAGGACCAGCCUCCCAAAGUGGACAGUUUGGUGUGUGGGACGGUGAGGAGGUUGCAGUCGGAGGAUCUGAGAGAGUAAGGAGUCAGGAGUUCACUGAGGUAAACAGGAGCCAGGUUAUGGAGGGCUUUGAAGUGCGCUGGAGUCUUGAGCAGAGGUUUACAAAGUUCAAUGGAGGCUUCAGUAAGGACCAGCUGGACUGGCUAGACUCUGUUCUGUCCUCGGCUGAUGAGAAAGGAGAAAAAGUCACUAUUGUCAGUCACCUUCCUGUCCACCCCGACUCCACAGACCCAAUCUGCCUAGCUUGGAACCACGACGAGCUCCUGGACAUCAUACGGUCCCACUUCAGCGUGGUGUGUUUCAUGGCUGGACACGACCACGACGGUGGAUACACCCGGGACAAACAGACAGGAGUGCACCACCUGACGUUAGAGGGGGUGAUUGAGACUCCACCGUGCAGCAAUGCCUUCGGCACGGUCUCCGUGUACGAGGACAGGAUGGUUCUGAAAGGGAAGGGGAGGAUCACAGAUAGAGUGUUUCUGUUCCCAUGAUGCCACAGUCACACAAGAUUUAGUACUGAAGGGCUUUUUUAGCUGCGGAGGCAAUACUUAUGGAAUGUAUUGGCAUUUUGAGAGGUAUAUUCCAGACUGGGAAAUGUAGGGGAUGUUUAUUCCAUUCUCUAAGUAAGUCAGGGAAUUUUACACAGGUCACUUUAUGAGAAUAAGAAUAAUGCACAUGCGUACAUCCACUAUCUUGCAUUAUACUUAUUUGGGGGCUUAGGGCUUUCUGUAUGUUCUCCACAGCAAGCCCUGUAGUCAGCAAACCAAAGGAAUCCAGUAAUGAACCACUGAACUAGUUGUGUUACCAACACUAGUUAUAUUUAAAAGCCAAGGUGGGAAUACCUAAAAGAGAAAAAAUACUAACAACUAUUACAAAAACCCAGACUGUCUGCUAUGUGUUUCUUAGAUGCAAGGUAUCACAUCUACUUACCUCAGUUGAACACAUACUGUACCUCAAGUAAUUUAUGGCACUUAUGAGUUUUUUACUUUUUAAAGGACAUCUUUACAAAGUGUGAAAUAUAUCUUAUGCACUGGUUGUGUUAUAAACUGGAGGCGAAAUGAUAACGUUUGCAUAUCUGUACGCAGAUGUUUUUUUUUAGGAAUUUUAUUUUCUAAUUGCGAAUUGCGGCCUUUUUUGCAUGUUGCACAUAACUGACUUUCUUAUACCAUUAUUUGCUGAGCAUUGUACAACGUAGUGGUAAAUAUGAUCAGUGCAGUGUAUUGCAAUAUAUGACAUUUAUUUAUAUAACCCAGUUUCCAGGUGCAAAUCUGUAUGAUUUACAAUGUUAAACAUGAUGAUGAAUAAUAAAAAUCAUUGUGUCAGCAGGU